GUGACAUCCACCAUGUUACCACGAACAUGUCGUUCUUCUCUUCCAAUCGCUUCGUAGCAAUUAUUCUCAUACUCGGACUCGGCACGAUCUGUUACUCAGUCCCUGGUGUUCUACAACAAGUCAAAGAUGCCGCCCGAGCACCAGAACCCGAUCCCCCGCCUCCACGCAAACGCCUUCAAAAGGACUCCGAGAACUCUUUAAAGAUCGACACCCUACGCACUCUAGCAGACGGAUAUAGUUACGAGUUGCGUAGUUCCGCUUUAAAAAUCGUCAAUAGUCGAACCGUUCAUUCACGGGCCAAGGACCUCCUGCUCCGCGACUUGGCCAGCAAGGACUACGAGCGGCGCGACAAAGCGAUCAACGCACUCUUGCUGUUGCUGAAACAGCAACAUGCUCACAGCAGGAGGGGCAGCCUGCUCGCCGAGUUCGAUCUCGCCAAACGCCUCAAGGCCACCGUGCAGGCCCUGAUCAAUGUCUUGCCGUUGCACGAAACCCCUGGCCAACAACCAGAACAGAAGAGUGGUGGUCUACUACCACAGUCGCCCAUCUUACCUCCGAGUCGACCGGCUCAGGAAGAGUCGUUGUUGGUGGUUCUGAAUUACAUGCUCGCGGAAGAAUCUUCGGGAAAUGUAAUGGACGAGCCGCCCAUCUACUCGGCGCUCAACGCGGGACUCGUGACCAAGUGGCUGGUCAAAUACCCUUUUCCUUGUGCCCUGCCGGAGAACCAAGGGUACAACUUCAAGCGAUCGGACGUCGCGCGGCUCUUUGAGCGCUCCGCGUGGAAGAGCGAUGACCAUCUCAUGGCCGGCAUCAUCUUCCAGGUCGUCCACCACCCACGGGGUCGCAAGCAGAUGCGCGAGGCCGGUCUGCAGGCCAGCAGUUACAGGGAGAACCUCGUUAAUGACGGCUGGAACAAUUCUUACCUCACGGAACGCUGGGAUCAAGACGAUAGUAGUGAUGAUGAUGACGACGACCGCGACGUCGUCAUGGUGGGAGGGGAGGACACGGCAGGCCAAGUCAGAGACGACGUGACCGACUGGGACGGGAUUGUACCGCCGCCCAUUUCGGCUGCUGCAAGGCAACGGUCGGUCGAAAGAAGUCAGGAAGAAGAGCACCUGCGACGGAGACAUCGGGAGGCGAUCGUCGUUGCGGAGCGAGGGACCCCCUUGAGCAGGGAAAACAUCCUCCAACGGGCGGACAGUAGGGAUCUCAGGCCCAUGAAUGGUGUGAGUGAGGUCGAGGUAGAUUUGAAUGGGCUGUUGGGCCUGUCCGGGGAUGACCAGGAUGAUUCGUCGAGCCCCCAGCAGUCUCCUACGACCGAGUCUAAUGGGUCUCAUUCGAAUGAAGGAUCCAUCCACGAUUCCACGACAGAUACGGACAAUACACACUCAGAGGAUGGAAGCGAUACAUCUCCUGAGCAGGAAUUCGAGUCAUGAGGCAUCAAUCCAGUACCAACGGCAGUGUAUAGGAGUGUUUAGGAAGCAUUGAUACGGGCGUAAGGAUACAAAGGAGGAGCAAGGCGUUACGGCAUAUCGAGAUACCCACACAAUAGAAAGGAUAGACUCAAGUAGUCCCUAGUCACUCCUGUUCAAGUUGAG